AUGUCUUCAGCCAAGCUAUAUCCUCCCAGCAAAGAGUCUACAACAUCCAGUCCAUUACCACAACUCUUACAAACACCUUCAGGCCUAGCACUUCUGGAGCUUCAAGGGACACUCAACGUACCCGAAGAUUCGAAUGGCGAGGCUCUAGGUGAUGUUGACGUUGGAAGACUCGACUUCCCAGACUACACCCCAGGUGCCGAGGGUUCAGCAUGGAUGAAGCAGGUCCAUCUCUACGUUGGUCAACAUCAACGUCUGACUGGUGAAGUCAAGAAGCUGCCCAAAGCAAUGGCUGUGAUACGAAAAAGGGAGAACAAGAAAAUCAUUGGUUCUGGCGGAGAGUCAGAAGAGCAGGGAGAGAACUUUGAGGUGGUUGAGAUUGUCAAGUACAAGAUCAUGUUCUCCAACCGACCCGAACCUGUUGGAACCGCCAAUGCACCAUGA